GACCCUCGUCAGAGGGGACAGAAGCCAAUCCCUUAUCCAGAACCCCAUCACUGCAUCACAUUUGAGUCUUUGACUCGUCUCAUUCACUCAGAGAGAAGCAAAAGUGGGCCAGUUCGAUCUCAAAGCACCUCCUAUCACAAUUCACUGAUGUAAACCAGUUCUCUCCCCAAAACUUGUUUUGUGCCUUUCCGGUGGUUGAACUUUGUCCUUUUAGCUGGUUGCUGACUGAUCCUUAUCGACUCUGUUUCAUUUCGCCGCCCUCAUCUAAGCAUUAACUACGUGCACGCUUCGCUGUCCAUUUCCUACACGAGACUCCCCUCCGUUACCCAUCUUCAACCGCUUUGACAUCACGUGAUCUCUCUCUCUCUCUCUCUCUUUGAUCUUACAUAUAGAUAGAUGCACGUACUUACAUUCAGUGUAUGUGGGUAUAUUAUUAUGUCUGGGUGGAUGCAGUUACUGGUGCGUUCCAAUUUACAAAUCCUCGAUCGAACCAUUGAAAUGUCAAAUAACCCAACUAGAAACCACUGAAAUUCUGAUUACAAUUUACCCAAACCUCCAAUUGAUUAUGGAUUUAGUGCUUGCAAAGGAGGGUUUUGGUCAUACCCAGAAAAGGGGGAAGUGGGUUCUUCUACUGGCAGCCCUGGGUUUCACAGGAUAUGGGGCAUACAACGUUUAUCACUUGCCUUAUGUGGCUAAGAAGAGGAAAAAGCUGUUGAAGGUCUUAGGAGCCCUGAUGUCAAUUGCUGAAGCUGUGUCCAAUUCAGCUGAGGCAAUUGGGGUUGUAUCAAAAGAUCUGAAAGAGUUUGUACAAUCGGAUUCGGCCCGAAUUCCUAACAGUGUAAGGCAGGUUUCUAAGGUAACGAGGUCGGAGGAGUUUUCGGAGUCUGUGGUUAAGGUUACUAGGGCUUUAACUGUUGGAAUUUCAAAAGGGUAUCAAUCAGGAAUGAGGAAAGAUAAUGGAAUGAGUGUGAAUUUGAGCUUUUUGGACCAGGUUUCUGAUAAGCUGUUCUCUACAGCUGGGUCUGGUUUUGCUUCUGUUGUUGUUGGGAGCUUUGCAAAACACUUGGUUAUGGCUUAUUCUGAUUUUGCGACCAGUAACACUUCGAAGUCUGCGGUCGAGUGGGUGAAUGUUGUGUGUGGUGAGAAGAGCAGAGAACUCAUUGGUGAUUGUAUCCAGUUGUUUGUGAGCACAGCAGUUACCGUCUAUCUUGAGAAGACGAUGCACAUCAAUACCUACGAUGAGCUUUUUUCAGGGCUGACUAAUCCGAAGCACGAAAGGAAAAUGAAAGAGAUGGUGGCAUCAGUUUGCAAUGGAGCAGUCGAAACUCUGGUCAAAACAUCUCACAAAGUCUUGACUAGUGGUAGUUCCGAUUUGAAGUCCAACUCAAGUGAUCCGUAUUUGGCUAUCGAUGAGUUUGAGAAUCAGAGUUCGGUGAAUGAGGAGCUUCAUGGGGAAGCGCGGGAAUCGUUCGAUGAGAAUGAGGAUGGUGGCUGGGUGAAUAACGUGUCUUCUACGCUGGCAGUUCCAAGCAACAGAAAGUUUGUUCUUGAUUUGACUGGGAGGGUAACUUUCGAAACUGUUAAAUCCUUCCUAGAUUUUUUGAUGGAGAAGCUAUGUGAGGGUAUGAGAAGUAGUUUUAAUGGUGUUCAUGAGGCAGUCAUUGACAGGAGUAUCGAAGUUGUCAGAUUUGUGACACAAAAAUCAUCUGAUUUUGUUACUAUAUGUGUUUCUCUGUGUUUGCACAUACUGGGCAGUGUUUGGAUUUUGGUGCCAGCGUAGGAGUUCAAGACAUUUACAGUGGGUGAUUGUGUUUUUUCUGUUUUUGGUGGUUCUUGUUUUCCAACCCCAUGUUGAGUGAUACGAUUAUAUGUGUGCAUCUCCGUUAAGUUUGACUCCUAUAUUUGCAUUUCAGCAAGAGGUUUGUAUUGUUGAUUCAAUGUUGCUUACGCCUCCGGGAUUUCAUCGUUUCCUCUUCUUCUCUUCUCAAUCAAACAGCGUCCUUUGUGUUUUUUCAUUAGAGCCGAUCUUGGAGUAUUGUUUAAAGUUAGCAGGUUAAAGAGCCUUGGGAAGAAGUCUUAAAAUCUUUCCUUUCAUACACGGACAUGCUUCUGUUGGGCAUUUUGUUUGAUCAUCUAUCUUAAUGGUUCGCAACAAUAACACAUUUGUCCUUGCCACUGUCUAUUCACGUGUUUGGAUGGUUGGAAUCUUAAGAUCUACAAAUUUGAUGUCAUAUCACCAUAAUAGUAAGUCAUAAAUUUGGAACUUGGAAGAACCGGAAUAGGAAUGUCACAUCAAAUGAGAUAAUCAAUUAUGAAUUACAUUCCCAGACGUAAAAUAACAAACAAAAAGGUUGCUAUUUGUAAGAUCUGAUGGAAAUAUCCUGAUGAUGUUAGAAAGAUUCGGUAAUAUGCCUAUGUAAGUUGCUCAAGUUUGUGUACAAAAAGGGACUAAUAUAACAAGACAUGAUAGCAAUCGAAUUUUUGGGUCCAUCUUGCAAUGAUGUGGCUAAAGCUCCAGUUGCAUCCAAUGCUUUGGCUUCGAACUGAGAACUUCCACUUUAAUCGGCAAUACAAAACAGACACCAACACGGGAUCUCAAAGAAUCCACCUUGGAGAAC